CGAUGGACUCGGUGGGCAUGGGGUGGCACAGCCGGCGGGGGACAGAGAUGCCACAGGCCACGGCGGGGGGGUGUGGGGGCACCCCGAAACGAGGGCAGGGCAGGAGAAAGCCAGGCUGCGGUGGGUCAGGGGGCUCGUGGGGGGUGCCUGGGUGGGCGACGGCGUGGUGCUGCAGCAUGGGGUGACACGAGAGGGGGUGUGACACGGGAGGGGGGUGACACCCCUUCCCGCAACCCUGAGCCGCCCGUGCCGCCCACAGGGCCGGAGCGCGGGUGAUGGAGCCGUGGAACGGCACGCUGCCCCCCACCCUGUCCCUGCCGCCCCCCGGCACCCUGCCAUGGGACGGGCAGCUGAUGGUGGCCUGCGCGGCGCUGGGGCUGCCGGCCAACGCCUUCACCCUCUGGCUGACGGGCCGGCGCCUGCGGUGCCGGGGACUGGCCACCUUCAUCUUCAGCCUGGCCGCCUCCGACUUCCUCUUCCUCGCCAACUCGCUCCUGCAGAUCUGGACGGUGGCCCACGGUCACCAGUGGCUGCUGGGCACCCCCCUGUGCCGCCUCCACCAGUACCUCUACGGCUUGGGCUACUACAGCGGGCUCUUCUUGCUGGCGGCCAUCAGCCUGGACCGUUGCCUCUUGGUAGCCGCCCCGCUCUGGUAUCGGUGCCGGCGGCCGGCCCGUUUACCGGCGGCGUUGUGCGUGGCCGCCUGGCUGGCGGCGGGCGGUUGCGGCGUGCCGGACGCGGCGCUGUCGCGGGCGGACGAGCCGCUGCCCGGUUUGGUGAUGUGCCGCAGGAACAAGGGCAGUUGGGAGGUGCCGAUGCGCUGGCUGGAGGUGGCGGUGGAGGGGCUGCUGCCCUUCGGCGUGGUCGUGGCUUGCCACGGCACCGCCCUGGCGCUGGCCCGGUGCCGGCGCGGCGGAAUCGGCCGCCCGCCCGUCCGUUUCCAGCGCAUCGUGGCGGCCACGCUGAGCGCUUACGUGCUGCUCAACCUGCCGUUCCAGGUCACCCAGCUGCUGGAGCUGGUGGUCCCCGGCGUCCCCAGCCACCUCCUCUACCUGCUGGGGCUGGCCUUCAACCUCAGCAGCUGCCUCAACCCCUGCCUGUACCUGCUGCUCGGCUCCCGCGCCUGCCACCACCUCGCCGGCCUGCCGCGGGCCGUCCUCGCCCGCCUGCCGCCCGCCGCCAUCGCUCCUGUGCCACCGGCUACCGUCACCCCUGUGCCACCCGCCGCCAUCGCCCCUGUGCCACUGGCUACUGUCACCUCUGUGCCGCCCACCACCCUUGCCCCCGUGCCGCCUGCUGCCGUCACCCCUGUGCCACCCGCUGCCAUCGCCCCUGUGCCACCGGCUACUGUCACCCCUGUGCCACCCACUGCCAUCGCUCCUGUGCCACUGGCUACCGUCACCCCCGUGCCCGCCUGCUGCCGUCACCCCUGUGCCACCCGCUGCCAUCGCCCCUGUGCCACCGGCUACUGUCACCCCUGUGCCACCCGCUGCCAUCCCCCCUGUGCCACCCACUACCGUCACCCCUGUGCCACCCGCUGCCAUCCCCCCUGUGCCACCCACUACCGUCACCCCUGUGCCACCCGCUGCCAUCCCCCCUGUGCCACCCACUACCGUCACCCCUGUGCCACCCGCUGCCAUCGCCCCUGUGCCACCGGCUACUGUCACCCCUGUGCCACCCGCUGCCAUCGCCCCUGUGCCACCGGCUACUGUCACCCCUGUGCCACCCGCUGCCAUCGCCCCUGUGCCACCCACCCCCCCCCGCCCCUGUGCCACCCCCCGCUGCCACCCCCGCGCCACCCACUGCCGUGA